AUGAAAUGUGGUGCUGAUGUGGCACCCACCACAUAUGUGGUAUGUGGUGGGUAUAACGGAUGGUCUUACGGAUUACGUAAUCGUUUUGUGGUGCACAUUUGGAACCCUUCCAUAUCUGAUGUUUCAACUCUCCCCCGAUAUUCUAUGCCUUCCAUUUGUGAUGAUCCGAUCCGUAUCCUUUUCCGGUUUGGUUUUGAUCCCAAAACUGACGACUACAAAGUUGUUAAGCUUGCAAGCUUUCUUCAACCACCCAGCUUCAUGGACCCGAUAGUGGCAGCCAUACUAGGUACUAAUUUUUUUGUAGUUAAAGAGUGGCUGCAAGUUGAAGUUUAUAGCAUGAGAAAGGGUUCAUGGAAGGGCAAAGAACAAACUAUAGUGGCAUUUGAUUUGGGUUUGGAGACAUUCUGUGAGAUUCCUGUUCCAGAUUUUGUACGGGAUUUCAGCUUGUAUAAACGCUUUAAUGCUUUAGGAGUUUUGGGUGGAAAGCUUUGUGUGAUGUCAUGUGUUGAAGAUGGUGAAUGUGAGGUGUGGGUGAUGGAUGAGUAUGGGGUGGCUGAAUCAUGGGUCAAACAUCAUGUUUUUUCUCAGUUUAGUGGUGAUAUUGAUCCAUAUGGAUUCACAUUACACAACGAGUUUCUUUUUAAUGCUUACAAAAGUCAUCUAGCUUUGUAUGAUCCAAAUGCAGCAACGGUUAAAACCUUCAAGAUUGCCUGGUUUAAGGUUUUAGGUGUAGCUAAAAUUGUUAAUUAUGUGGACAGCCUUGUUUGGGUAGCACCUGGUGAAUGUGAGACCAGAGCAUCUCUUGAUUGCAUAUCUGAAAAGAAGCAUCAGUAG